AUGGCAGCCAUUAGUACCAUCUUCCGCCUCCUCCUACUAAUCUCCUUCGUGCCAUCCCUUUUCUCUCAGGACACUGUCUUCGACGUCGAGCUGGUCCACCGUGACUCUCCCAAGUCGCCACUGUACAACAGCUCGAUGACACCCUUUGAUCAGCUGCAGGCCGCCGUCGUUCGCUCGGUUGACCGAGCUAGCUACUUUGACAAGCGCAUCGACAUGAAUACCUCCUUCGACAUAGAGCUCGGCUUGGAAUACAAUGGCGGGGAAUUCAUGAUGAGGUUCGGCAUAGGCACGCCAAAUACGCAAUCUGUAUUGGGCAUCGUCGACACCGGCAGCUACCUAAACUGGGUUGACUGCGCUGGCUGCCAAUGCUUCAACUUAUCCGGCGCCCUAUUCUUUCCUAAUGCAUCCCUCUCCUACAAGAAGCUAUCUUGCUAUUCUGAUGAGUGCAACAGCUUUAGAAUGGGUCGUUGCAAUACAGAUAAGACGUGCCGGUACCAUGCCACCUACAGCGACGGCUCCAACAUCGACGGAAUUUUCUCCUCGGAAACCUUGAGUUUCACCUCAUUAGAUACGAACCAAAUUACCUUCAUUCCAAAUAUUUUAUUUGGUUGCAACUCUCGGUCCUUGCACACCAGAAUUGAUGACCCUGGUAGCUCCAUUGGGUUGGGCCCCAAUUCGCCAUCUUUGAUCCAUCAGCUCGCACCUAAGUACAUCAGCAACUACUUCUCCUAUUGCCUGGACAUGUUCGAUGGGGGAGAUGCCAGCAGGCUCUUCUUGGGGCGCGGUAAACGGACGAUCACCGGAACGACAAUGGUCACACCGCUCAUGACGCAAGAUAACUUCUACGCCGUGCAACUUAACGCCAUCUCAAUCCCAGAUGAGUUCGACAUCUUCCUUCCUACGAGGUCCAAGUUGAGGGCCGGCAACAUCAUCUUCGACUCUGGCAGCGUCAUGACCAUACUGGACACUGAAGUGGUGGACCGGUUGGUGUUGGAAUUGACAAAUUACAUUAGCUUGCCGACCGUGGAGACGGGCCCAUUGAAAUUGUGCUUCAAUGUGUUCUCGACAGAGCAAGAGGAGUUGUUGCCAGGGUUGUGGUUCUCAUUUGAUGGGACAUUGGGGAACUUCAGGGUGAGGCCUGAAAACCUGUUUAGGUGGUUUGAUCGGCAUGUGAAAUGCAUGGUGAUAGUAGAAAGGAGAGGUGUACAAGUCUUUGGGAAUAUUAUGAUGCAAGAUGUUUUGGUUGGACAUGAUCUAGAUAAAAUGGAGUUGACCAUUAUAGAGAAAAAGUGCACUGAGUUAUACAAACCCUAA